AUGUGGUGCGAUGCUGUUCUUCUGUAUGUACUGUCCCACGGGGUGCCUGAGGAUACGGUACUGGCUGCGGUCCAGCUCCCGGUCAUAAAGCACUCUUUCUGCCUCUGCUGCCAUAUGUUUUUCCAGCUGGACUUUCACCAGUCUUCCACUCUCCAGAAAGUUCUUACUCAUUCAGCCCAAGGGUAUCUCAUCAUCUUUUCUGAGGACUGCUGGAAGUUUCAGCAGACGCAUUGCCUCACCCUAGAAACCCUGCUCCUGUGUGUGGAGGAGGCGGCUGUAACUGCUGCAGCAGCCGCUUUGGACGGGAUCCAACUCCAGUCUGUGCCGGGAGGGAACGAGCUGAGCGCGGAAGGUGCGGGCAAGAGCCGCGGGUCUGGAGAGCAGGACUGGGUCAACAGGCCCAAGACCGUGCGCGACACGCUGCUGGCGCUGCACCAGCACGGCCACUCGGGGCCCUUCGAGAGCAAGUUUAAGAAGGAGCCGGCCCUGACUGCAGGCAGGUUGUUGGGUUUCGAGGCCAACGGGGCCAACGGGUCUAAAGCAGUUGCAAGAACAGCAAGGAAAAGGAAGCCCUCUCCAGAACCAGAAGGUGAAGUCGGGCCCCCUAAGAUCAAUGGAGAGGCCCAGCCGUGGCUGUCCACAUCCACAGAAGGGCUCAAGAUCCCCAUGACUCCUACAUCCUCUUUUGUGUCUCCGCCACCACCCACUGCCUCACCUCAUUCCAACCGGACCACACCGCCUGAAGCGGCCCAGAAUGGCCAGUCCCCCAUGGCAGCCCUGAUCUUAGUAGCAGACAAUGCAGGGGGCAGUCAUGCCUCAAAAGAUGCCAACCAGGUUCACUCCACUACCAGGAGGAAUAGCAACAGUCCGCCCUCUCCGUCCUCUAUGAACCAAAGAAGGCUGGGCCCCAGAGAGGUGGGGGGCCAGGGAGCAGGCAACACAGGAGGACUGGAGCCAGUGCACCCUGCCAGCCUCCCGGACUCCUCUCUGGCAGCCAGUGCCCCGCUGUGCUGCACCCUCUGCCACGAGCGGCUGGAGGACACCCAUUUUGUGCAGUGCCCGUCCGUCCCUUCGCACAAGUUCUGCUUCCCUUGCUCCAGACAAAGCAUCAAACAGCAGGGAGCUAGUGGAGAGGUCUAUUGUCCCAGUGGGGAAAAAUGCCCUCUUGUGGGCUCCAAUGUCCCCUGGGCCUUUAUGCAAGGGGAAAUUGCAACCAUCCUUGCUGGAGAUGUGAAAGUGAAAAAAGAGAGAGACUCGUGACUUUCCGGUUUCAGAAAAACCCAAUGAUUACCCUUAAUUAAAACUGCUUGAAUUGUAUAUAUAUCUCCAUAUAUAUAUAUAUCCAAGACAAGGGAAAUGUAGACUUCAUAAACAUGGCUGUAUAAUUUUGAUUUUUUUUGAAUACAUUGUGUUUCUAUAUUUUUUUUUGACGACAAAAGGUAUGUACUUAUAAAGGCAUUUUUUUCUUUUGUUAACGUUAUUAGCAUAUCUUUGUGCUUUAUUAUCCUGGUGACAGUUACCGUUCUAUGUAGGCUGUGACUUGCGCUGCUUUUUUAGAGCACUUGGCAAAUCAGAAAUGCUUCUAGCUGUAUUUGUAUGCACUUAUUUUAAAAAGAAAAAAAAAGCCAAAUACAUUUUCUGACAUUGUAAGAUUGCCUUACUGUCUGUCAUUCCUUAUUGCUGGCCCCUUUCUCAGGCCGGAGGCCAAGUGGUGGAGAAGGAAAGGAAAUGAGUGAACGGGCAUGUUGUCAAGUGGGCAUGCCACUGGGAAAUACCAGUUUACCCUGAAGCAUUGUCCUCAGAGGAGUAGGAAAGUAGAUUUUGAAUCUCUGUUUUGUUCAAAAGUUCAGUUCCUGAGAUAACUGAUGACUGAGAGUGCUGCUGGGAAAUUUUCAGGAUUGUGUGGUCUUUGGGGUUUUUUUUUUUUUUUUUUUUUUUUAAAGACAAAGUUGACCGCUGUUCACUGUCCACGUGAUCAGUUGUAAGAUUACAAUGCUGCAUGCUAGUUGGUUACAUAAGACACAAUUCCAGUGGUGGAAGGCGGUUAUAAUGGAUGGUGGUGUGUACAAGAUGGCACUGCCAUCUUUGAGCAGCGCCCAGCUCUGCAGCGCCACUUCAUCUUUUUAAACACCCUAGAGGUCUGUUUGUUGUUGCUGUUGUCCUUUAUUUUGAAAGAGUUGCAAGAGAAGUUACAGUCCAGGUGAACUUGGAGAUUGUGGGAUUGGUUUUGUUUCUGUUUUGUUUAUCAUUUACCUGUAGUGCUAUUGCUGUUGAUACUAUCACCUAUACCCUGUUUCUAGUGAGUGCUGAAUACAGUAUGGUACAAUGACAGUAACAGCCGCGUGGUGCUGCCAGGACUGCCCUUGGGCAUAUCAGUGACAGCCCAAAUGUGGGUGGAGGAAACCUGUAAUUUCCUUCUUACAUGUGUUUGAAAUACCAAGUGAAUAAUACUGUUCUGGAAAAAAAUGAUAAACUAGUGGAAAUUAAAGAAAUUAAGGGUUUUAUAUAAUAGGCCCCACCUCUCAAAAUAUUUUUAGAAGUCUUUUUGUAAACUAAUUUCUUUUGAUCACUAUUUUGCAUCAGUAAAAUGAUUUUUUUAAAACCAAUAAAUCAUCAAUUAUUAGAAAUAGUUGUCUCACAGUGAUACUGGUUUUUCUUUUGUGCUGUUAUGAUUUAACAUUGACAGGAACACUUUUAAAUCCUUAUGUUCAGGUGUUUGUAACUUGGCCUUAUAAUUAGGCUGAAUUAUGGCUUCAAGGUCUAGAAUUUAUGUGUAUGAUUCACAGCCUAGCUUCUAUUUUCAUUUGAAAAUACAGAUUUUUACCAACUUUGGAUUCUUUUUUAGCUGUAUGUUUGUCUUUCCUUUUUAAAUUGUUCAAAAUAUUUUUUAAUGGUCAAGUUACUAACACUUGAAAAUCAGAUACUGCACCAAAUACAGUAUUUUUUCAUAGUGUUUUUAAUGAGUGCACCUAUUAUUACUACUGUGCAAGAAUUCAUGUUACCAGUCAUUGUUAUAUUACAAACAGACUUGCAUGAUUAACCAGUUGUUACACUUUUUUUUUUCAAAUUGGAGUAUAUAUGACUCAGUUCAGACUGGUCUCUCUUAUGUGAAUGCACACAUGCAGAAAUGCAGAGUCAAUUUUACAUGCCCAUAAAGACAUUUGUAAAGAAAUCAGCUAUUAUGAUCUGUUGUAUAAAUGUGUAUCUAGGCACUUUAUUAUAACUGGAAUUUGACCUCAUAGAUGUUACAACUUCAUCAGUCAUUUGACCUAAUUUGGUAGCUAUCUGUAUGUUUUGCAAUCUUAAUACAGAUACGCGUUCCAAAAAGAUUAAUAGAGAACCAUCCUGCUGUUUUGGAUAAGUCUGUCCAGCUGUGGAAAGGGCAACCUGUGGUUUCUCUGUACUGGUGUUUAAUGGGGGAAGAAUAUGAACAGCUUUAAAGAGCUGUGUAUUGUGGUUACUACUAUUAAGAAAUAAGAGCUGCACGAGUCUGACUGGCCCUUGGGUGGCCUUUGUGGAAGGCUCAUAGCUGGAAAGUGUUGAUCUGGGUUUUCUGGCAUUCUUUUAAGUUAAAAAGUUAACAUUGGGACGUGGGUUUGAUCUUUUGUUGUACCUGAUGACAGUGCAGAGAUUCUCCACAGCUGGAUAAAAAUGUCAGAAAGCUACUUACUGUACAUGGGCAGUAUCAGAUUUCAAAUCCUAAUAUUUCAGCUAUGCUUUUAAUACUCAAAAUAUAAGGGGAUGGGGUGUUGAAGCUUUCCCUUUUUUGCUUUAACAAUUUAUAGAAUUUAACAGAUGUACUGUCUUUUAUGUGGCCUCACAUUUAAAGUUAUGAGAACAUACACAUGGUUUACAACUUUUACUAUAUACCUUCCCUUGGCCACCAAGUAUUUUAAAAGUGUGCCACCUUUUAACCUUUACUUUUUUUAAGUUGAAGGUGAUACUUUUUCUAUAUAUGAUGAAACUCAUGUCAACUGAAGUGAGUGUAAUCUCAGAUAUCAACAUUAUUAUAUUUUAAAAUCACGCUAUGGAAAUAUCACCUGAAUUCUGUCAUUUGUCAGAUUUACAGUACCUUUUUUUCUUUAACUUUUAGCAUUAAAUAAAAAUAAAAUUGGGAGCACUGAA